AUGGCCCCGGCGCUCACGUGGCAGACGGACGGCGUCGUGGCCUUCACGGCGCCCUGGGCCGCGGAGGCCUCCGGCGGCGUGGAGCUGCGGCCGGGGGAGGGCGCGGCCCGGGCAGAACUCGAAGAGGUGGACGGCGGCGGCGGGGGGUGGCAGGGCGUGUCGCGGCUCGACUUCGCGGAUGGCGGCUGCGUGGUGAAGGAGUGGUCCGGGUGCUGCUACGUCGAGGUGGGCCGGUUCCCCGGAGGCGGUGUGCGGUGGUGCUGGGCGAAGGGCCCGGGAGGGCUGUGGAAGGUCUGGGCCGAGGCGGACAGCGGGGAGAAGAUAUUGCUGAACCAGACCUUCGAGCAGAGAGCGCCGCAGCUGGUGCUGGUUUCGGGCAAUAAUUGGCGGAGUCUGGACAUCUCGAUGCUGCCGCUUCAACCAGGGCCUGGGAGUGUUCCGCAAGUGAGUCAGCCUUCGCAAGCCGAGCUCAGGGCGCGAGUGGGCCAGCUGACCUCAGAGGUGCAGAGUGAGAGGGCGCAGAAGGCAGAGCUCCAGCAGCGGCUUGCAGAGAUCACCCAGCAGGAGGCUAACGCAACACAGCAACAGGCAAACCAGCAGCAGGCAGCACAACAGGACGCCGGGCGCCAGGAAAAGCAGGAGUUGCAGCAGCAGUUGGAGCAGCUUACGAAGGACAAGGCCGAGGCAAACCAGCAACAGGCAGCACAACAGGACGCCUGGCGCCAGGAAAGGCAGGAGUUGCAGCAGCAGCUGGAGCAGCGUGCGAAGGAGAAGGCCGAGGCAAACCAGCAACAGGCAGCACAACAGGACGCCUGGCGCCAGGAAAGGCAGGAGUUGCAGCAGCAGCUGGAGCAGCUUACGAAGGACAAGGCCGAGGCAAACCAGCAACAGGCAGCACAACAGGACGCCUGGCGCCAGGAAAAGCAGGAGUUGCAGCAGCAGCUGGAGCAGCUUGACAAGCAGGAAUUGCGGCAGCAGCUGGAGCAGUCCAGGCACGACUUUGCCUUGCUUUCGCAGCAGCAGCUUGAACAGUCCAGGCACGACUUCGCAUUGCUCAGGCAGGAGAAGGCUCAGGCGAUCCAGCAAAGUGAAGUGCUGCAGCAGGAGAAGCAGCGCUUGCAGCAGCAGCUUGAGCAGCUCCGGCAUGACUUCAUGUUGGCUUCAAAGCAGGCACCGACUGAGCGGAAGUUGGUUGAAGUCGCACGACAGCUUUCCCAGUUGAAGGAGCACUGUGAUGCUGUCAUCGCAUUCAUCAGCUCCGACAGCGAUCCGCAGCCAGAAGGCGACUCCCCGGUCAGCAGAAGCUGGGCUGUAAUCGACCAAGAAGACGUGCAGUCUGUGCAGUCGAGCGACAUGAGCAGCGCGUCCGCUGGGUCCGCCGGGUCUGCCAAGUGCUUCCUUCCAAACACGGCCCUGGCCGGGGCCGGCAGUGCCGAGGGCCACCUGCUGCUGGUGGAGCACUUGAAGCCGGGGGACAAGGUCCGGCUGAGCGACGGCACGGAGGCCUCGGUGCUGGACAUAAAGCGGCACCCCUCCAAGAAGAAGCCCUACGACGUCGUGGAGCUCAGCACGCACCAGGGCAAGUUCCCGGUGUCCGACUCCCAUCACGUGGCAGUGCCUGGAGUCACAGGCCCCCGUCGUCAGCAAGCAGAUGCCUUGAAGCAGGGGGAUUUGGUGAUCGUCAGCGGCGAACAGCGGAAGCUGACCAAUAUGGUCCCCAGGAAGGAGCGCGCAAAUCUCUUUGAAGUCUUUCUGGAGCCGGACGGCCCCCUGGAGAUGUUCCACUUGAAGCAGAGCUGGAGUUUGCAGGUCUUCGGCUCUGCCAGUGGAUCCGGGUGUCUUCCCGAAGAGGAGGGCGAGGAGCUGCUGCUGACGGGGAGCCCAAGUUAG